AUGUUACCACAAGUUAUUCUGAACCACCUUGGUUCUAUUGGCGAAGCUGCCUCAACAUGGUUCGCAGAAAACGGAUAUCUCAGCUCUGCCGCACAAUGCCCACCCUUGCCUAAGGGAGAUCUCAACUAUGACAUAUAUAUGGGCUAUCCCGAGAUGUUCGCAUGGGACAAAAAGCGUUGCGUUGCCUACGUUAGUAACCUGUACAAUGCCACAGUCAGUACUUGGGACCCUUACAAGUCUGUUGUUCUUGACACUAUUCAUUUUCCAGGUCUCAGUCACCCUGGCAAUUCAGCCAGCCCAAACCCGCUGCAUGCCAGCGGAAUCAUCCUGAGACCUGACGCCUAUCAUGCCGAGACUCUUGAAGUCGUUAUUGAUAAUGGAGACGCCUUUUACAGUGAUGGCUUCAACGUGUCGGGACCCGACCACUUGAUGAGCAUUGACUUGAAGACAAAGGAGGUCACUAGCCAGUUGCGUCUCAAUAACGGCCUUUAUGCCGGCUAUGCGGAUGCCAGUCUUGGGCCUGAUGGGAACACAUAUGUCCUUGGAACCUACUCAUCGAACAUUCUGCGGGUGACUCCAGACAAGGAAAUCUCGACUUUCUACGUUGCCGAGCCCCUUGGGCCACCCCGGCUGUACGGCUUCACCGGUAUUGCUCAUGUAGGAGAUGCUAUGAUUGUUCCUGACAAUAUCAUUGGCCAGCUCAUUCGCUUCGACGUCCGUGACAAGGUCGGCACUCCCGUUGUUAUCAAGCAGACUCCUUAUCACGAGUUCAAGACUGCCAACGUUCUGCAUUUCCCAGAAAGAUACAACGACACAAUCCUUUUGGUUGCCGAAAACAAGACACCGGAUUAUCCCUUCGGUGGCGUGUCAGUUUAUCAAGACAAGACUAAGCAGUUCAACGAGGUUGAAUUCUUGGGAUUCCUGCCCAGCCGUCUCGAGAAUGCCCUGACGACUUCUGCCCGACAGAUGACCGAUCGUAUUUAUGUGGUUGCGCUCCCUAUCGACGGUGCCAACAUUACAGUUGCUGGUGAGAGCAGCAGGUUCGUCUUUCAGGACAUCACUGAAGAGGUGGAUUUGAUGAUCUCCCCCGAGAGCAAGGACGAAGCGCAUGAGGAAAUUUAA